GUGUGUGGAGUGAAAGAAAGGACAGUUACUGUAAGGCUACGUUAUAAAGAGUACUAUAGGGAUAUUUAUUAUAUAUCUAGGCGCAAAAUGCCGACCAAUCCGUCUGGUGUAGGUACUAAGACCAGUAAGAAAAUACGACCCAGUUCCGCUGCAGCAAAUUUACAGUCUCAUCCCAACUACAACACAGGAUUAUUUGACAAUAUUGGACGCCCGUCUACCACAACAGGACGAGGUGUCGACCUUUCUUUGUUGUCUCAGAGACCGGCCACUCAAGCCAGUGGUCCAAGAAAAGCAUGGAUACCGCGGGCAACCAACAAUGAUGCCUUCAAUCCAGCAGAAGAAAAUAUUCGGCAUCCUAGAAGACUCACGCUGGGUGCUGUUGAUGGAAUUGGCGAAAAGGAUUCCAUCGUUCGUCCAGGACUUCAUCAAGGAACUGUAGAAGGCAAAUUAAAAUCGAAGAUAGAAGAAAAGAUUAAUAUUGACACAUUAGAAGAACUAAAGAAAGCGUUUCUUACUGCUGAUGUUAAUCAAACGGGUUGUUUAGAAUUAGAUGAAUUUAAACAAUUAUUAAAAUGCCAACUUCAUUUAUCUCAGACCAAGUUGCAACAGAUAGAUGCGCUAUUUAUGAAGAUAGAUUGGUCAUCAGAAGGUGCUAUAACGUGGGAUGAAUUUUGUACGUACAUGCAGUUAGAAUAUGCAGAGAAAGAAGAUUCUUAUCUACGUGCCAAAGAGGUGGCCUUUCUGUUACCAGCAAAAAUUGAAAACCUGCCUCACAGAGAUCCAAUAUUACGCAUCACUGACACGCCCGAUGGUACAUUUAUAGCAUGUAGUCAGGAUGGUAUGGUAUCAUUUUGGUCAGCUAAUUGCGAAUUGAAAAGAACAAGAAGUGUAGUGAAUAAUGAACAAAAUAAUCGUCAGAAACCAAAAUGGAUUACAUAUUUUUGCAUUAUGCCACAUUUUAAUAAGCUUAUUGUUGGAACUGGAGAUAGAGAGAUUCAAUUCUUUGAAUUGUCAUCCUUUGAGCCAUAUUGUCAAAUCAGCGGUUUAGAAACAGUACCUUUAAAUUUAGACUACAGUUCAACAGGUCAUGAUGAGUGUUUAAUAUUAUAUGGUGACAGUCAGGGGUGUGUCAAUAUACUAGUUAUCAAAUCAACUGGCGAAUGUCUCAGGACUUGGAAGAAAAUGCCGAAACACGAUGGUUUUAUAGCCAGUAUAAGCCUGGAUAAUGUUGCUAGCAGUCCUAAUGUACAGUUUAUUCGAUGGCAGGUACAUGGUGACUGGGUACAGCAGUUGAAAUAUUACCAUGAUAUAGGUCAAGUGAUUUCGUGUUCCAAUAAUGCUAACACGGCUUUAGUUAUAGGAUGCACUAGCGGCAGUACCCAUGUUGAACAACAGCUUAAAGAACUGAAGGAUGUUAAUUCCCAGGAAAAAAAUAAACAAAGGUGUUUUUAUGCCUAUAAUAAUACCAAGAAUCGACUAGAGGCCGAUCAAUCAGUAUUCAAGGUGUAUAAAGGUGUUAAAUGUUUUGACUUCUCCAAAAGCAAGAACAUCAUAGUGACUGGAGGAAUGGAUAGAAUUAUUAGAAUGUGGAAUCCCUAUGUGUUUGGUAAACCAACUGGCAUGCUAAGAGGACACAAUGCUCCUAUAUUUUAUUUAUUUAUAGGUGAAGAAGAUAACCGCGUGUAUAGUAUAUCCACCGAUAAAUGUAUUAAAGUGUGGGAUAUACAAGAUCAGAAUUGUUUAGUGACAAUACGACCUAAAAGUCAUAAGAUUCGAGGAGAUAUUCAAGCUAUUCAUUAUUCACAUGUAUCAAAAUCGUUGUCUGUAGCAACUGAUCAAAUGGCAAUGUUACCUUUGCGUAUCAAACCUGUGUUACACGCUGAUAUUGUUAUUACACAUAAAGAACCAAUACCAUGUUGUAAAUAUAAUAGCAGUUUUAAGCAAGUUGUGACAUGUUCAGAAGGAUCAGUUAUAAAACUAUGGGAUUUAGAGACCGGAACGGCAAUAUUUGAAUAUGGCGAGGCACAUGGCGAUGAUGCUAUAACAUGUAUGACAUUUGAUUGUACAGGGAGGCGAUUAAUAACAGGGGGACGAGAUGGAAGAUUGAAAGUCUGGAACUAUAAUAAUGGCCAUUGUCUUAAGGUGUUUCAGAAGGAUAAAGGUAAUGAAGAGAUCUGUGAUGUAACCCAUAUAGAGAUUAAUAGAAAUCGUUACGUGAUAUCUGUUGGUUGGGAUAAAAGAGUUAACAUUUAUUGUGAUAGUCAAUCGGAUAGUAAUAUACAUCAUGUACAACAUCCUUUACCAUACUGGGCUGAUGAUGUGAAAAAUGGACACAAAGAAGAUAUACUGUCGGUUGCACAGUGCAAACCUAAUUUAUUAGCUACAGCUGGUUAUGAUGGUGAAGUUAUUGUAUGGAAUAUGGUAUCUGGUCAUAUAUUCUGUCAUUUAAUACCACCACCACCUAAACAUUAUACAGACCAAUCCUUGGACGGGGAUCUAAAUAUAAAUACAAUAGUAUUCUUACCAACGAGGGCAUAUAAAAAAGAAUCUGCCACUUUAGUUGCAAGUGGUCCUCGAGCAAACAUCCAUUUCUGGAACGUGUUCCAAGGUGGAAAAUUAAUGGCCCAAUUCUCAGGGUCUAAAUUAGGCGGUGCAAUGGUGAGUACUAUGUUAGUCAACCAAAGUAACAGUAAGUUGUAUAGUGGAGAUAGUCUAGGUUUUGUCAAUGUUUGGAAUAUCGAGAAUUACUGUUUAACUGGCAUAGAAUCACAACCACCAGAAUUGUUAUAUUCGUGGAGAGGUCAUGUACAGGGAGUAAAUGGUAUGGAUUUAGUAGAAGAACAGAAUGUAUUAUUAACAGCAUCAGAUGAUUGCACAGUUAGAUUGUGGACACUUGAAGGGCAUUAUAUAGGCACAUUAGGUCAACCUGAUAGCUGGGAUUUGUAUAAUCCCAGUACAUUCCAGCAUCCUAUGGUACCAUAUGAUGUUCUUAUAGAUCCUAUUAGUUUACCAGCUCAUCCUAUAUUAGCAGAGAAAGAAACAACACAUCAAAUUAUACACCAAGACUCCGUGACAGAUGUACAGGAAGAAGGGAAAGAAACAGCACCCAUCAUAUACGGUCGUCAACAAUUCUUUGUUUCCGAUGAAACAAUAGCAAAACAACUGGGAGAUAAAAAGGGAACCGGGAAAAGAUUACGACAUGAAAAAAUGAAACCUGUAAAAAUAGAUAGAGGGGGACCAAGUGAAUACCGAAUGUUAAAAUGUUAUGAUUUAAAAGAUACUCCACCAAUUAACCCACCAUCUUUAAAGGUGAAUAAAGACGAUCCUUUUGAUUUUUACAUAGACUGAGAUAAUAUGAAUAAUCCGGUGGAUAAGUAAUAAGCCUGUGAUUGUUAUACCGUGUUCUUUGUUAACCUAUAUAUAUAUAUAUAUUUCGUGUAUUCUGUGUCUUCUUGCGCCAUUUGUAAUGAACAAAGAUAUCCCAACAGACAAUGUAAUAGUAAUCAAAAAUAUCUGAUUCACAAACGAUAAAAUAAUUUUAAAAAAACAUUCAGAAUGAUUUAGCAGGCGCAAAUGACUUCCGUUUAAUUUGGCCUGUUCAAGUAUUUUACCGAAAUAAAAUAAAACCAAGUACGAACAAUCCAAACCAUAAGACAGAAUUCGAAGUCCUAAAAAACGUUAUAGGCAAAAUAGUGUAUUCAAGAUAUUUGACUAGAAAUUACAAUAUUUUGUUUCUACAAACUGAAUUUAGAUCACUUUAUAUACACUCAUAUUACACGAAUAAAUGCUUUUA